UGUUAUACAGGGAGGACUGCUGAUGUGGGGAUGUACGAUGCCAUGUUUGCUGCUGGCCUUAGAUUACCACUGACGGCUUUACACCGUCAGCUAGCGGAUUUCUUGGGAUUGUCCGUCAGCCAAAUUGCUCCGAAUGCCUGGAGGAUUUUUAUUGGUGCUGAGAUCCUUUGGGGUCGCUUGAGUGGGGGGAACCGUCAGCUUUCGCUAGACGAGUUCUUUUAUUGCUACAGACCCCAGCAUAAAGUAUCUGCCAAGGGGACCUACCAUUUUGCUCCACGUGAGAAGAGCUUAAGAUUAGUGUUUGAUAUGCCAGACUCCAAUAGAAAUUGGAAGAAUAGAUUUUUCUUUGUUAAAGGGACGGAUUGGGUGUGCCGUCCAGGUGAGUGGGAUACACUGCCUGGCGGUUAUUUUGAUAACACUUGGGCCUAUAUUAGGGAGUCAGGUUGCCCCCUUGUCCUUCUUCUUACCGUCUCUUUUCAUUUAUCAGGGAGUUUUCUUGAGUCCGUCUCCUUUAACACCGUCUAUUCCCUUUUAUUUCAGCUAGCGCUCGCCCGGAGAUAUCUGACGAACAAAGGGAAUUUAUCCGUCGGAUACUUGGCAUACCGCUUGAGCAACGGAAGUGUAGGGACUUAAUCACCCUAGACACUCUCCAUUUGUAUUGUGGGGGUCCAGAGCCGACGGUUGAAGCUCGGAAGUUGGAAGAAUUUUCUCGUAAACGUAAGUCGAAGCCUUACAUGACCCGUCGGUUUAUUUCUUUCGUCGGCUAUUACUGAUCCGUCAAUUUAUUUUGUGUAGAGAUGGAAGCUGCGAAGCAAAGGGUGAGGGCCGCUGCAGCCCGUAAGAAGGAGGAGGAGAAAGCUAAGGGAAAAGAAGGAGCGUCAACCCCUCAUUCCUCUUUGAAGAGUUCAGUUAAGAGGAAGGCUGACGGAAAGGACGAUCCUCCUUCUAAGAAGGUAGCUGUCAGUGCUGGGGAUGUGCCUUCCACGAAGUCGCCUCCCAAGUCUGGUCACGGUGCUGGGAAAGGAGUGAUGACCUCUUCCGGUCCCGUCAUUGAGGGACCCCGUUGCUUGCUGACCCACAAGGAUUAUGCUGUUGAGGGGGUAGAAUCCCUCAUAAAACAGACGGAUCUGGACCCUUGUGCUCAGCUAGGGACGGAAGACCUGGGGGCGUCAGCUUUCUUUGACAUAGCACGGGCCUUGGUUCGUGUAAAAGCACUUCAAGACCGGUGCGUGGCCAAAGAAGGCGUCGUUUCUCGGGUUAGGAGGCAUAACGCCAAUCUGAUGGAUCAGCAAGCGCAAUAUAAGGAGGCCGUCCGUCUCUUAAACUCAGAGCUGAAGGAUGUAAAGGAGAAGUUGGGGGAGGCUGAGGGUCAGCAGAAGAAGCUUGAGGAGGAGGUUUCAUCCUUACGUGCACAAGUAGAGACGGCUGGGACUGACGCGGUCCAAAAAUUCAAGACAACCCAGUCAUUUAUUGAUUCCUGCGCUGAUUAUUACGGCACAGGUUUCGACGAUUGUCUGAAGCAGGUAGCGUCAGCUUAUCCAGAGUUGGAUCUAUCCGGAAUUACCAUGGAUGCCUCCGUGCCGAUGACUCCUGCUCGUGAAACUGUUGCUGACAAAGGUGACGGACCCCUUAGUUUGGACUCUUUGCUUAAUGAUGCCGGAGUUAUUUUGGCUCAGCCAGCCGUCACUAUCCCUGCCGAGUCUUCAGAUGCGGCGCAAAUUGCCAAGGAUAAAGCUGACAGGGUCUCCAAGGAUGUUCCUGCCACUUAACCCUGGCUUUUCUAUUGUAAUUUUUGAACAAUGUUUUUAAAUGCCCUUCCGUUUAUUGGGCUUUUUACUUGUAACUCUAUCUUCCCCUUUUUAUGGCACUUGGAAUCCGUUGCUUCGAACACGUAUGUUGAUUCUAAUUUCUUAUGGUCCCAUUUAUUUGACGAGAUUGUUACCUUUCGAUUUUUUAGCCCCCUUUUUUUGUCAUUUGAACGGGCUUUGUU